GACGUCGACAGGAAGACUUUGGCGGACUUUCUUUGUAACUUCAGUUGUGUUUUGGUUGAUGGUACAUUGAGACGAGUGAUAAUGCCCGUACAGAGUUUACCAGCCCGGGAUGCGUCCAUACAUUACCGUUUACUACAACAGUAUCUGUUUCUUCUGAAGAAAUACCCCAUUCUCACAAAGUCUGUAACGAGUGGCAUCCUCUCCACGUUAGGGAAUCUUUUGUCUCAGGUUCUGGAGGCAAGAAAAAAGGCCAAAAAUGGAGCCCCAGUCAAUGAAAUUGACACAGCUGGAGCCACACGAUAUGCUCUUUAUGGGUUAUUCAUUACAGGACCAGUGAGCCAUUACUUUUAUCAGCUGAUGGAGUUGUGGAUGCCCACCACAGAUCCGUUCUGUAUAGUAAAACGUCUCCUUCUGGAUCGGCUCAUUUUUGCCCCCGGCUUUCUUCUCAUAUUCUACUUUGUAAUGAACAUCCUUGAGGCUAAAGGGUGGGGAGACUUUGAAAAGAAGAUGAGAACAAGUUACUGGACGGCUUUAAAGAUGAACUGGAAAGUGUGGACCCCCUUCCAGUUCAUCAAUAUCAACUUUGUGCCUGUUCAGUUCAGAGUGCUGUUUGCCAACAUGGUCGCCUUAUUUUGGUACGCCUACCUAGCAUCUUUGAGGAAAUGAAGCAUCCUGGCUCGUGGAAGAAUAAUCUGGAGGAAUCUUCUUCACAGUGCCUUUAACAUGAUGUGUUUACUGAACUACUGCGUACCUGUAAUUUAACAUGACAAUAAUUCUCACUAAAAGCAAACAACAAGUCAACAAACCCUAACAAAAGUGAUAAGACAUUUGAACAUGCUGCUAUAAUAUGUCAGACCCCUGACUGCUUUCAUUAUUACUGAACAAAGUAAAUCUACUUAAUAAAAAAGUUUAUAAAACACUGGAAAAAUCUUUUAAAAUAUAAUAAUGAACAAGGAAAUAAUUGAGAUAUGAAGAUCAUUUUUAUUUUAAUUUUUAAAUCCUUAAGUUUCGUGCAACUUACAAUAGUACAGAACAUGAAUUACAAUCAUGUAAGUUCAUAUUGUUGAUUUUAUUUAUAACAUUGCCAAGUUUAUAUAACAAUAGACUUUGGUGAAAAUAUAAUUAAAACAUGAUGUGCUGUA